UCUUGGCUUCAUCUGUGAUCUCCCACUGCUGAUCACGUGAUGUGCUGUGUGCAAUGACAUGCUGAUCACAGGGAAAUGCAAUUGCCGGUUCUCGGCUGCACUUUCCUCACGCUGUCAGAUCGUGAGGAAAGUACUGCCGAGAACCAGCAGUUGUUAGAGCAGGGAUCGGUGAUGAUCAGUGCCCUGAUGAUCAGUGCCAGCAGUGCCACCCACCAGUUCCGCCCACCUGUGCCCAGCAGUACAACCACCUGUGCCCAGCAGUGCCCACCAGUGCCACCCAGCAGUGCCACACACCUGUGCCCAGCAGUGCCCACCAGUGCCACGAAGAAGUGCCACCUACCUGUUCCCAGCAGUACCACCCACCAGUGCCCAUCAGUGCAGCCCAGCAGU